UAGACACUCGAGUGCAAGGGCUCGGAGGCAUAGACAUCGUCAUCAUCGUCGGCCUCGGUCUCGGUCUCGUUCUCGUUCCCAGUCUCGUUCUCGGUCUCGGUCUCAGUCCCCGCGCCGACAUCACCGCCACCAUUCUCACCACCGCCGGCGCCAUCACCAUCACCGCAGCAGUACCUCCAAAACCAAACGGCUCUCCCCCGCCCCCCUUGCCGACGAAUACCAAGAAGAGCUAAUAGGCCCACAACCCCCCCCACCACCCGCCCGCGGUCGCGGUGGCACCACCAGCACCAAUGGUCGAAACCCCAUGGACGCGCACUUCGAUUCCGCUUACGACCCAACCCAAGACUCUCUAUUCCACCCCCCCUCCAACCUCCCCUCCGACGAUGAUGACUGGGAUACAGCACUCGAAGCCUACCGCGAUCGGCAGAGAUGGAAAAGCCUGGGCGCGGAGCGGUUGAGGGUCGCGGGGUUCAAGGAGGAGUUUAUACGCACUUGGGAGAAGAGUAGGACAGGGGGAGAGGAGGAUAUUGAGGGGAUCAGAUGGGGGGUGAGGGGGGGCGUUAGGGAGUGGGAUCGCGGGAAGGUUAUGGAAGAGGAUGGGGAGGUCUUUGUCAGUGCAGGGUGGGAACAGGAGCGGGAGAGGUCUUGACUUCCUUGCUUGCUUGCUCGGGUUUGGUUGGGUUGCAUUUCCGGCGUUUUUCUUGAUGUAUUUCUUGUACCAGGGCUAUGGAUUGGUUGGAUGAUGGAUGGAUGAUAAUUGGCUUUUUUUUUCUUUCCUUCGUCUCACUCUUCUCUUUCUUUCUCCUUUUUCUCUUGAUGCACCAUGGGUUUGUUGUGGUUGUUCGUGUCUUUCCUCGCUC